AUGAACAAAAAGCUCGGACUCCAGACAGAUGCUUCGGCAUUGAUACCGAAAAAGUAUCGGGGUGACGAUGAUGAUCCGCAUUUUAUUCCAGACUCGCCUCUCAUCGACCGACAGGCACUGACCGCACAAGAGGAGGGGGAAUUGAAGCGAAUAUGUGCCUUGCUAUUGGCGAACGUACCACACUCGGACGAUAUGUCAGAUGAUCCCCUCAAAUACAUUGCUGCUCAGAUUCAAGAAGGCAAAGCGGUGCAGCCGCAGCCCAGUGCGAAGCGUGAACGGAAACUCGAACCAGCCCACAACAUGGAACCCGCAGCCAGCGUGACGCACCAAUUCCUCGAAAUACAAGACGACUCUGCGACACCUUCGGAAGUGUCCCACCGCGGUACCAUAACUGCCACUGACUAUUCAACACCCUUGACGAGUGCCGGUAUCACUCCCGGCGAGACAGCGCGACGUUUCUCCGACACCGUUCGGAAAUCCGUUAACAGCACCAAGAAGCCUGGCAGCAGUCUCCGAAAUGAGUCUACCACGGCGACAGCCAAAAGCCGGACGGCAUCUUCUGGCGGCGUCCACAGAUCGAUGGAAGCGAGCAAGCCCUCGGCUGAGGCAGAAGCCAUCAAGAAGACACUGCGAAUCAUCACGGAUGGAUCGUCACGACCCCAAAGUGGCGGUACCAGAUCAAUCGAGCAGCCUCGCCCUGUCAGAUUUUCGGCUCCGGACUUGAAUAAAAGCCUCCCUCCACCUCCACCUGAGUUGCCAGCUCCCGAGGAGCAGAAGCAGCCUCACAUCAGCAGAUUGAUGAAGACUAUUCGCAAAAAGAAAAGCAUGACGACGGAAGGCAGAAGCUUCUCGACUGGUUCGACACCCCCAGUGCCCUCCGCUGGUACCCCGAAAACUCCAUAUCCCCACUCUUCGUCAACACCAGCGGCUGAGCAUGCGGCCCAAGAACCUCCAAGAAAGAAAUUCAGAAUACCCCUUUUCCACAGGAGACAACGGCCGGCGGAUGUCCUUGUUACUUGA